AUGUGUUCUAAUGGGAAAGAAAUAGACAAAUUCGAACAAAUAUUUUUAAACAAAAUAAAAACAAUUUCCGAAGGAAUUUCUCAAAUCUCUGAAAGUGAGGAUCACCUCGAUCAACUCUCAAAUGAAAUUGACGAAUUAAUAAAAUACACCACAAAUUCCCUCCAUUUUAUUCCCGCCUUUACAAUUCGAAAAAGAUUGACAGAAAUCAAAGCACUUCAAAACAAACUCGAAAUUAUUCGCCAAAAACGUCUCAGCCAUAAAAAAUUUAAUUUUAAAUCGACACUCAAUACCAAAAAAUCGCCAAAAAAUAUUCAAAAAACGUCAAAAAUUUUAGUCGAGGAAUCAUUUGGUUUUCAUUCCCGCCAAAAUGAGACCCUUACUUUAUUCAGAGACGAACUUGUGAAUAAAAAUAUAGUUCUGAAAAAUUUAAAAAACUGCCACGUUUAUUUGUUUGGACCAAUGGCGGGAAUUCAAUUAAUUGAUUUGGAGAGCACAAGAGUACACAGCGGGCCAGUCUCCUCGUCAGUGUUGGCUCAAAAUUGUCGAGAAUGUCAUUUUUAUGUGGCUUGUUUACAACUGAGGAUAUCUUUUAGCAGAGACUGCAGAUUUAAUAGUCACGUGGGUAAUCGAGCAGUGUUGGAGAAUUCGUCGGGGAUUGGAUUUGGGGACUACUCUUAUGAGUAUGAGGGAGUUGAGGAGGAUUUCGAGUUUGUUGGCUUGAGAAAAGGGGAGAGUAAAUAUGCAGGUGUAGAUGACUUUAAUUGGCUCAAUCAACAAGAAAAAUCACCGAAUUAUUACUUUUUUGAAUAA